CCGGCAUCUCCUGCAGAGGGAUCAGCCUGCUCGAACUGCAAGCAUGAUGUGGGGGACCAAACUUCUGCCGGUCCUGUUGCUGCAGCAUGUCCUGCUGCACCUCCUCCUGCUUCCUGUCACCAUCCCCUAUGCAGGACAGAAGAAGAGAAGAAAUACUCUUCAUGAAUUCAAAAAGUCAGCAAAAACUACUCUUACCAAGGAAGACCCAUUAGUGAAGAUUAAAACCAAAAAAGUGAACUCUGCAGAUGAGUGUGCCAACAGGUGCAUCAGAAACAAGGGCUUUCCAUUCACUUGCAAGGCCUUUGUUUUUGAUAAGUCGAGAAAACGAUGCUACUGGUAUCCUUUCAAUAGUAUGUCAAGUGGAGUGAAAAAAGGGUUUGGCCAUGAAUUUGACCUCUAUGAAAACAAAGACUAUAUUAGAAAUUGCAUCAUUGGUAAAGGAGGCAGCUAUAAGGGGACAGUAUCCAUCACUAAGAGUGGCAUCAAGUGCCAGCCUUGGAAUUCCAUGAUCCCCCAUGAACACAGCUUUUUGCCUUCGAGCUAUCGCGGUAAAGACCUACAGGAAAACUACUGUCGAAAUCCUCGAGGGGAAGAAGGGGGACCCUGGUGUUUCACAAGCAAUCCAGAGGUACGCUACGAAGUCUGUGACAUUCCUCAGUGUUCAGAAGUUGAAUGCAUGACCUGCAACGGUGAAAGCUACAGAGGUCCCAUGGAUCACACAGAAUCAGGCAAGACAUGUCAGCGCUGGGAUCAGCAGACACCACACCGGCACAAAUUCUUGCCGGAAAGAUAUCCCGACAAGGGCUUUGAUGAUAAUUAUUGCCGCAAUCCCGAUGGCAAGCCGAGGCCAUGGUGCUACACUCUUGACCCUGACACCCCUUGGGAGUAUUGUGCAAUUAAAAUGUGCGCUCACAGUGCUGUGAAUGAGACUGAUGUUCCCAUGGAAACAACUGAAUGUAUAAAAGGCCAAGGAGAAGGUUACAGGGGAACCACCAAUACCAUUUGGAAUGGAAUUCCGUGUCAGCGUUGGGAUUCGCAGUACCCCCACAAGCAUGACAUCACUCCCGAGAACUUCAAAUGCAAGGACCUUAGAGAAAAUUAUUGCCGCAAUCCGGAUGGGGCUGAAUCACCAUGGUGUUUUACCACUGAUCCAAACAUCCGAGUUGGUUACUGCUCUCAAAUUCCCAAAUGUGACGUGUCAAGUGGACAAGAUUGUUAUCGUGGCAAUGGGAAAAACUACAUGGGCAACUUAUCCAAAACAAGGUCUGGACUCACAUGUUCCAUGUGGGACAAGAAUAUGGAGGAUUUACACCGUCAUAUCUUCUGGGAGCCAGACGCUAGCAAGUUGACUAAGAAUUACUGCCGGAACCCCGAUGACGACGCCCAUGGACCUUGGUGCUACACAGGGAAUCCUCUCGUUCCUUGGGAUUAUUGCCCUAUUUCCCGUUGUGAAGGAGAUACUACACCUACAAUUGUCAAUUUGGACCAUCCUGUAAUAUCCUGUGCCAAAACAAAACAACUGCGAGUUGUAAAUGGCAUUCCAACACAAACAACAGUAGGGUGGAUGGUUAGUUUGAAAUACAGGAAUAAACACAUCUGUGGGGGAUCAUUGAUAAAGGAAAGUUGGGUUCUUACUGCAAGGCAAUGUUUUCCAGCUAGAAACAAAGACUUGAAAGACUAUGAAGCUUGGCUUGGAAUCCAUGAUGUCCAUGAGAGAGGCGAGGAGAAACGCAAACAGAUCUUAAACAUUUCCCAGCUAGUCUAUGGACCUGAAGGCUCAGAUUUGGUUUUACUGAAGCUUGCUCGCCCUGCAAUCCUGGAUAACUUUGUCAGUACAAUUGAUUUACCUAGUUAUGGCUGUACAAUCCCUGAAAAGACUACUUGCAGUAUUUACGGCUGGGGCUACACUGGAUUGAUCAACGCAGAUGGUUUAUUACGAGUAGCUCAUCUGUAUAUUAUGGGGAAUGAGAAAUGCAGUCAGCACCAUCAAGGCAAGGUGACUUUGAAUGAGUCUGAAUUAUGUGCUGGGGCUGAAAAGAUUGGAUCAGGACCUUGUGAGGGAGAUUAUGGUGGCCCACUCAUUUGUGAACAACACAAAAUGAGAAUGGUUCUUGGUGUCAUUGUUCCUGGUCGUGGAUGUGCCAUCCCAAAUCGUCCUGGUAUUUUUGUUCGAGUAGCAUAUUAUGCAAAAUGGAUACACAAAGUAAUUUUGACAUACAAGUUGUAAUAGCCAUAGAAGAGGCCAGUGUAUUUGAAGCAUCCAUGGAUACAGGAAGAUUUCCAAGACUUCAGGAUUAAAAUGUCACCUAAAACAAUCCUAAAACAACUACUUGAGUGUUGUGAGUGUUCAGAUACUCAUUAAUAUAUGUGGGCGUUUUCUGUUGUAUUGUUUGUCAGUGUCCUUUUGUAAAUGUUGAAGUGAGUUAGGGUACCUGCAAGUGCAGUAACAUAUCUCCUGAAGAUACUUGAAUGGAUUUUAAAAAAAUACAAAAUUAGAGUUGCUAGAUGCUAAAAGUUUUAGAGAAAAAAGGUUAAUUAAUCAUUCUAUGCUGCUUUCCAGGUUAAUAUUUUAACAAUGAAUAAAUCAUAAGUUAAACAUUAUUUUAAAUCCACCAAAACAGUUUAUACCUUGUGGUUUUAAAUUGUAACUCUGUAUUAAAUUGUAUUACAUUUCACAUGCCAUAUGUUAUAGCUCAUUCAUUUUUUACAACAUGUAUCCUCCAAAUACUGGCACACGAACAUCCACUUAGAAAAGCACGUGCCCAUAUCACAUGGCUGGGCACACAUGCAGCAUAUAUUUUAGUUUAAACCAUGAUGUAUCUAGUAUAAUCUCUAAUAUUUUGGAUGUAUGUAUCUAUAUUUCUCCUAAAAUUUAAAUGUUUUGAAAGAUCAGUGGGAAUAUUCAGGAAAGGUACAAGAUAUAUACAAGCAUAUAUGUAUAUGAUAUAUGUAUAUGAUAUAUGAUCGCCACUGGACAGUGUUUAAUGUGAGGACAGGAUCCAUAGGAUAAAAUGACUAGCCUUGAUGUUUAUUUAUAUUUAUUAUCCUAGUUAUUUUGUGUGCUUCCUAAUUCCUAAAAAGCAAAACAUAAUGUAUAUAUUUGUAUUAUUUCUUUCCUCUAAAUUUGGGGUACUUAUUUAUGCAGGAUAUUGGUAGAUCAGUCUUCUUAAAACAUCUAUUCAGUUCUCAAGUGUGCAUCUUAAGGAAGAGAUUCAAGAGUGUGUCUGUCUCUAAGAAUGUAUUUAUAAGGGUUACUUUUAAAACUUGCUGCUAUGAUUGGCUUCUAGCUCAUUCUACUUAAAUUUUUAAAAAUUAUCAUAAAAUGGUCAUGACUGCAAUGCUUUGUGAAUAUCCCUUCAUUAAAACUGCUUAGAAAUGUUUUGAAAAAAAAAAUGCAAAAACAUUCUCAAUCUAAAAACUGUUUCUGAAAAAUCAGGUAUGUUAUAAAGACAUUAUCAUAUAAUCUCAUUCUUUUUAACAAAUUUCUUUCCCAAUAAUAUGGAAUAUUCAUUUAAAUUUUAUAACCUGUAUGAUAAUAUUCGAAUUUUAGAUGUUUUUCUACUUGCCAUGAUUUCUACUAUCUAAGCAUUGUGUAUUUAUCCAAAAGUAACAUAUUAAAACAUAACAAGACACCUUCUAGAUUCUCACAGUAGUCAUGUUUAAAUGAGGAAUAUUAAGGGUUAUUGUUGAGUUUAAAUCCAGGGGUCACAUUUUACAGAUUGGAUUAUCUUAAAUUCUUUACCGACCAAAGAUCCAAAUAAUAACCCAGUGCAUCCUCCUGUGUAUUCCCAGUGAAGAAGUCCAGAAGUUCUCACACAAGCUGUGUCACACACACACACACACACACACACACACACACACACGCACAUGUGUUUCUGAUCACGUAGGUACUGUGUCAAGAAACCAUGUACAGAGACCCAGUGAAUUGCCAGUCCAUACCAUUUUGCUUUCACUUAACUUUUUUCCCCUUUAUAAUCCACCAUUUGUAUGAAACAGAAAUUUGAAGUUAUAUUAUCAAAAUAUUAAAGUACUUUCUUUUUUAUUGAAUAAUUUUUAUUUACAUUUCAAAUGUUAUCCCUUUUCCUGUCCAUAAUCCCCUAUUCCCAUCCCUCCUCCCCCUUCUUCUAUGAGGGUGCUCCCCCACCCAUCCACUCACCCCUUCCCACCUUCCCACCCUGACAUUCCCUUACUGGAUUAUCUAAGUUCCAGUGCUACAUGUAAAUUAUAUUGGUAAAGCUACUAUUAUAAUUGUAAUCCUUUAACAUACUGACAUUUUACCAUACUUCUUUUAGUGUGUGCAUUUUUUUUAAGAAUCCAUGAAAAGAAAAACAGCAAUUACCUAGAAACAAUAUGCAGUCAAAUUUUCAGAUACUUUGGAAUCAGUGUUUUUAAAUUUUCUUAAAGAGGUAAACUAACAACAACAACAACAUCAUCAUCAUCAAACGUGGUACAUGAAGCACCUCUACCAAUGAGGUUUCCUUUACAGUAGGCAAAGGAGAUGGCUUUGAUGCUGAACAAGGUCCUCAGUGUCUCACUUGGUAGGAGAGGGUAUAUUUAUCUUGUCAACAACACUAUGUACAGGAUGGUUUUCUAUGAAUAAAGUUCAAUGGCAAAAAAGAGGAAGUUUUCAACUUAUCUAGAAGUCUAUAUUAUAUUGUGUCAAGGACAAGAGGAGCUUUCAAGGCUGGUUUUGUUUUGACCAAGUUAACAGUUACACACUGUUAUAAUUGUAGACAUUUUCUUAUGUCUGCAGGAAUAAAAGUGUAAAACUAAAACGUUUGUCAUACGCUUCUGCUGUGCAGAGGGAUGGUAAUUCUUUUGUAUAUUCUUUAAUGUUAUUGUAAAAUAUAAAGUAACUUUUACUAUUUGCUGUGGGCAGGUCCUCAGUGCAAUGGUCUAUAGCAAGUCAGUCUCUGGCAUUAACAGGCUCUUGCUUGCUCUCUAAGUGUUUCAAGCUACAUGAAUGUGAAACACUGGAAGGCAAGGAAAUUAACCAUUAUGGCAUGUGUUAGUAAAACUGUAUUUCACUUAUCCCUGUGGAAUUUCUUGCUGUAGCAAAGGUACUGUGCAAACUGAGUGUUCUAGCCUUAACUUCCCCAGAAAGAGCACUGUCAAGAACUGGGAGUCCUGUCAGGCACAUUCUUGUUUCUAAGCAUUUUUCCUUUUUACAAAAUAAAUACUGGCUUUGUAACAUAGAGCACAUGAAAUAGAAAGUGUCAGUACUAUCUUAAAUUGAUUUAUUGAAGUACGACAGUAACUAACUUCCAGUCACUGUGUGUACGAAACCACAUAUUUACAUUUAUAGAAAACUCAUAAAAUAACAAGGAUUUGGGUAAAGACAACACAUUUGCCUCUUUAUAAUAAGUUAUUUGCGAUGAAUUGUUCUUCAUAAUUAAAAGUGCAAGGAAAAAUGUAUCUUUCAAAGUUCAAUGGAAGUUCAAUGGAAUUUGUUAAUAAGAACAAACGAACAAACCAACCAAACGAAAAUGUUAAAUUAUCCAGGAUCCUUGCCUCUUGACAGUGCGGCUUUUACAUGGACUCAUUCCUGUUUGCACAGAAGGCUUCUGUCUUUUGGAAGCUGAAAACCGAAUACUGUGGACAUGGCGACUUGUCAGCCUGUGUACAUAGGACAAUGAUAAGCUGCCAGUUGAGUGGGAUAGCUGGAUGCUGACCCCCAAAAGGCAACACUGUGGUGAUGACUUGUAUUAUAAAUUCUCUGUAGUUAAUAAAGUUGUUAUUUUUAUAACCAUGAUUAUAUUAUUAUUCUUAAUAAUAAUAAAAUAUUUUUACCAAAA